CACGUCUGUCUGCAAAUAUAAUCCGUCCUGUACUUUUGAGGAAACAUGGCUAAAUGGGGAGAAGGGGACCCUCGGUGGAUUGUGGAAGAAAGAGCGGAUGCUACAAAUGUUAACAAUUGGCACUGGACGGAGCGGGAUGCCACAAACUGGUCAUCUGAGAAGUUGAAAGAUCUUCUGGUGGGCUUGCAAGUAGAAAACGACGACGGCAAGUGUGAAAUCACAGAGCUGAGCAAGGUGGAAGGAGAGGCUUCUAUCAACAACCGCAAAGGGAAGCUCAUCUUCUUCUACGAGUGGAACUUAAAGGCCAAGUGGAAAGGGACCUCGAAAUCAGGGAUCAAAUACAAAGGAGAAAUUGACGUUCCAAACCUUUCUGAUGAAAAUGAUAAGGAGGACCUUGAUAUCAGUGUGUCCCUUUGUAAAGAUGAGCUUGACACACCAGUCUUUACUCUGAUGAAAACGGAGGGGGCAGAGAAAGUCCGCGAGGCACUCGACAGCUACGUCGAGCUUCUCAAAACAGAGUUCACGCAGGGUAUGAUCUUACCGACAGCUAAUGGUGUGAGCAAAGAGGCGACCUCUCAGGCAAAAGUCAAGAUGGAUAAAACCCAGAUUGGCUCAGGUGGCACAGCUCCUCCUCCUUGCACAGGAGUAAAGAUCCCCACUUGCAAGUUCUCACUGAAAGACACUUUCCUCACUUCACCAGAGGAGCUCUACAGAGCUUUCCUCAACCAAGAGAUGGUGCAGGCAUUUACACACACGGCUGCCAUGGUUGAGGCAGAGAAGGGAGGCAAGUUCCGCCUUUUGGGUGGAAAUGUAUACGGAGAGUUCCAGGAGCUGGUUCCUGAGGAGAAAAUAGUCAUGAAAUGGAGGUACAACACGUGGCCAAGCGAGCACUAUGCGACAGUGACGCUGACCUUCAUAGACAAGGGCAAUGAGACGGAGCUGAAGAUCGAGUGUCGAGCCGUGCCAGAGAGUGAGGAGGACCGCACGCGAGAAGGUUGGCAGAGGUACUAUUGCCAGGCCAUCAAACAGACAUUUGGCUUUGGUGCACGACUCUGCUGAGCUCCAACUUCAACCAUCACCUUAUUUUGGCUGACUUUUAUUUUUUUUUUUCUUCCAUAUGUACAAAUGAGCACCUGGAAUGUGACUCUACUGAAAAACAGACUUAACAUUGCACCAUGUUCUACCGUUCUGGUUUUGGUUUCUGUGUUUAAAAAAAA